UUUCUGAUAAAGUGUCCAACCCAUCUCAGUCACCUCACUGCCCCAUCCACAAGGCGAGUAUUCCAAUAAAGAGAAGCACAGGGGUCGAACCUCCAACUCAAGUAACACAGUAAAGAAGUACAUCACUAGACAGCACAGGCAUUGUUUAAACCCAAGAUGGCAGAGCGCUACGACUGUCACUACUGCAAAGAGUCUCUGUUUGGAAAGACGUAUGUUCUGCGUGAUGAGAAUCCAUACUGUGUGAAGUGCUAUGAGAGCCUUUAUUCCAACACCUGUGAGGAUUGCAAGAAACCAAUUGGCUGCAACACCAGAGAUUUGUCUUACAAGGAUCGUCACUGGCAUGAUGAAUGCUUCCACUGCUUCAAAUGUCGCCGUUCUCUGGUGGACAAGCCGUUUUCUACCAAGGAUGAGCAGCUAUUGUGUACCGAGUGUUACUCUAAUGAGUAUUCCUCCAAAUGCUAUGAGUGCAAGAAGACCAUCAUGCCUGGCUCCAGGAAGAUGGAGCAUAAGGGGAAUAGCUGGCAUGAGACCUGCUUUACCUGCCAGCGCUGCCAGCAGCCCAUUGGUACCAAAAGCUUUAUUCCCAAGGAUAACAGUAACUACUGCGUGCCCUGCUAUGAGAAGCAGUUUGCAUUGCAAUGUGUGCACUGCAAGAAGCCAAUCACCACUGGUGGCGUGACCUACCAUGAUCAGCCGUGGCAUAAGGACUGUUUCCUUUGUACUGGCUGUAAGCAGCAGUUGUCUGGCCAGCGUUUCACCUCUCGUGAUGACUUUGCCUACUGCCUCAACUGCUUCUGCAACUUGUAUGCUAAGAAGUGUGCUGCCUGUACCACCCCUAUUAGCGGCUUAGGAGGCAGCAAAUACAUCUCCUUUGAAGAGAGACAGUGGCACAAUGACUGCUUCAACUGCAAGAAAUGCUCAAUAUCCCUGGUGGGUCGUGGGUUCCUGACGGAGAGAGAUGACAUUUUGUGCCCUGAAUGCGGCAAAGAUAUCUGAUCAGGCACCAUAGCACUGCCUAACCUGUAAUUCGUUUAUCAAAGUUACAGAAAAAUAUCUGAUCAAAGUUCUCUUUAAAAAGUUAGGUCUCUUUAGAGGCCACCUGCAUGCCAAGAUCUACAGUAUUACUAUAAUUUUGUGACAUGUUUCAGUGUGAAAGUUUAUAAUCUUCUUUAUUUAGAGAUGAGAAUGCAUUAGAAAUGUUUCAUUUGGAAGAUCUGUUUGUAACUAACAUUUGCUUUUGACAUCAAUAUCUCCCAUAGAUGUCUAAAAAUGUAGUAAAUCUUUCAGCUCUUAAUAAACUCAUUCGAAAGGCAUU